GGGACAGUUCGGGGGGCGGUGAUGAAGAGGAGGAGCAGCUGGUCUCGGUUCAGUCUGUCGCAACGUUUUCUUCCCUUUGUUUCACAUGAAAAGUUCUGAUGAACAAACUGUGACCGCCCCAAACCGGAUUAAAACAGAUUAAACCCGCGGUACCAGCAGGACCCUGACCCGGAGCAGGACCCUGACCCGGAGCAGGACCCGGAGCGGAUCAAAGGAGACUGGACUCUGUUUCUGGUCUGGUUUCUGGGAGUUUGGAUCCGAAUCCGGAUCAUGGGUCAGUAGGACGGACGGACUUUGUGGAAACUUAUUUUGUUUCCAUGGAGAUGAUAGCUUUUCCCGCCAGCUGAGAUGUUGAUCAGUCUGAUCGAGAAUUGAUACCCUGUAUUGAUAGUGAAGCCUAUUGAACGUGUAUUGAUCGGCGGGAUGGCCACGCGCCUGCUGCUGCUGCUCGCACUCUGGACUUGUGGACACGCCAAGAGCGCGUUCCCGCUGCGACCUUCCUACAGCCUGUACACUGGCGGGCACGCGCACAGUGCCCGCGCGACCAGCAGACACAGGAACUGGUGUGCAUUUGUGGUGACAAAGACGGUGAGUUGUGUAGUUGAGGAUGGAGUUGAAACCUACGUGAAGCCUGAUUAUCAUCCUUGCAGCUGGGGGAGUGGACAAUGCAGCAGGGUGGUGGUCUAUCGGACCUACAUGAGGCCGCGGUACAAAGUGGCCUACAAAAUGGUGACAGAGAUGGAGUGGAAGUGUUGCCAUGGUUACAGCGGAGAAGACUGCAACGAUGGUCCGGUUGGUGGAGCAGGAACCCAGAUCUCCACCACCAGACCUCAACCCAGACCAGGACAGGGAGGGGCGACGAGCCAUGGACAAGGGGGAGGAGGUUUUGGAUCAGGACCAAGCGGAGGACACGGUGGACAAGUUGAAAGAGAGAAAAUGAGGCAGCUGGAGGAGAAGAUCCUAAGUCUAACCAAGAACCUCCAGGACCUACAGUCCACCCUGAACACUGUGAACCAACGCUUCCAACAGGAGAUCAACAAGCCGGGCUUCAGUGGAGGAGGAGGAGGAGGAGGAGGAGGAGGAGGAAGAAACCCUGCUGAUGCAGCUCAGCCAGAGAUUAAAGAGACGAUUCACAGCAUUCAGACCAAACUGGACCAACUGGAUAACCGCACACAGGCUCAUGAUAAAACCCUGGUCAGCAUCAACAACCACCUGGUGAACGGGAAAGGUAACGACCUGGACGGAGGUCUCUCUGGAGGAGGACUGAACUCGCUGAAGGAGGAGAUUCUGAGGGAGUUGGAGAGGAGAGUGUCACUGUCCUGCUCCUCCUGUCAGGCUGGUGUGGAGGAUCUGCGCCGACAGCAGCAGGAAGACCAAGAAAGGAUUCGAGCUCUGGAGAAGCAGUUGAGUGCUGUGGACGUUCGGUAUCGGCAGGGCCUGGAUGGGCUGCAGCGCGAUGUGGUGCAUUUUCAGGGAUGCUGCGACACUGUCGAUGACCUCCAAGACCGCAUCACUGACGCUGAACGCAAGAUCAGCUCAGCCUCAGAGAACUUCGAUGUUCUGCAGAACCGCCUGGACAAGGAGCUUAGUGGAGCAGGAGGCAGCAGCCAAAGUGAGAACAGCGGGUCCAGAGGAGGAGGUCUCGGUGGUGGUAGUGGAACCGGCAGAGGUGGAAAGGACGUUUUGGUGACAGAGGACAUGUUGGACAAUGGGCUGAGGGACCUGGAGAGGAGGGUCAACAACACUGUGCAACGAACCGAGCAGAGUUGCUCAUCCCUGGAGAAUGAACUAAAAGACUACUUCCAUAAAGAACUUGGGGACCUGAGGACUGUGUUCCUGGAUCGUUUCGAUGACCAGGCCUUCAGGAUCGCAGAUGUGGAGCUGGAUGUGGGGCUGGUGAAGGCCAGAGUGAGCAACCAUGACAAGAGGCUGACAAACCUGGAAAACAACACCUCCCUCAUCAACCGAAUGCUGGAGAAGUGCAGCUGUGGAGGGCUGGAAGAAAGAGGAGGUGAUCGAGGAGAUGUAGGAAGGUGGGGGGGGGUAGGAGGAGGAGGAGGAACAGGGGGAGGAUUAUCUGGGACAGGAGGAGACAGAGAAAAUACAACAAAGAAAUCAUUGGAGUGGAGAGUGGUGGCCAAUGAAGAUCGGAUUCAACAUUUUAACACUCGACUUAAAGACCUGUCGGUGUCCGGAGACUCUCUGCACGACAAGGUUCUGGACCUGAGCCAUGAUGUCCGUAAGAUCAAGGCUCUGACAGGCGACCACGGCGAACACUUUAACCGAAUUGUGACGGAGGUGGAGCUGCUGGGGCAGGACAGCGAGCUGUGCAGGAAGGUGGAAGAUGAGUUGGGAAGGCUGAAGAAUCACUCCCAUGAUACACUGGGGCGCAUGCAGAGCCACAUCAGCAGACUCCAGAUCAGACUGGACUCAGAGAAAGAAGGCUGCUUCCAGAUCUGUUCACACCUGCAGAACGAAGUCCACCUGCUGCGAGAUGAUGUCAGAAGGUGCACUGGCCAAUGUAAGACCAGCCUGGACACGCACACAGGAGCUGGUUCUUCUGGUUCUGCUGGUUCUGGUAACGCUGGUAGCAGUGGUGCUAGUGGUGGUACCAGUGGACCUGGGACUCGGUUGGAUGCUGAGAAGCCUUUAGAUGGCCACAGUGUGAUUGGAGGCUCCAUCAACAACAACCAACUGAAGACGCUGCAAGGCGAAAUGUCUGAGGUCAUUCUCACCUUCAGCUCCAUCAACGACACCCUGAAGGGGCUUGAACACACGGUGCAGAAACACGGCAGCGUCAUCACAGACCUCGGAAACACCAAGGAUAAGAUCAUCUCUGAGCUGGACAAGAUCCAGCAGGAGGUGACAGAGCACGUGGAGGAGAGCCGGGACCGUCUGGACGGGAUGGGCCACGACAUCCGGCGGUUUGAGAGCACACUGCUGGUGGAGAUGGGAGAGUGUAAGAGGUCUGGAGACGGGCUGGAGAAGAGGCUGUCCAAGCUGGAGGGCGUCUGUGGGAGACUGGACGGCGUCUCUGACUCCAUCCACAAGAUCAAGGAAGGACUGAAUCGACACGUUUCCAGUUUGUGGACAUGUGUCUCUGGUCUGAAUGACUCGGUCAUCCAUCAUGGAGGAAUCCUGGAUUUUAUUGAGAAGAACCAGAACGACGUCCAGAGCAGGAUGAAGAACCUCAAUUCGAGUGUGAACCAGGUCCUCAAAGACCUUCAGAGUUUCUCUGACUACAACCUGACCGGCCUUCCUGGACCCCCAGGAGAAAGAGGCUUCAAUGGAUUGCCAGGGGCCCGGGGGCCCCCUGGACCUCCUGGGCGACAGGGAGAGAGUGGAGCACGAGGUCAGCCUGGUCCCAGAGGUGAAGCAGGCGUGCCUGGUGCUGAUGCUCAUGUACCCCGACUCUCGUUCUCUGCUGCCCUCACUGUCCCCAUGGACAGAGCUGGAACCAUCAUCUUCGACAAGAUAUUUGUCAAUGAAGGAGAAUUCUACGACCACAGAACAGGUGUUUUCACCGCCCCUGUGGACGGACACUACUUCUUCAGUGCCAUCCUGACAGGCCACAAGAACGAGAAGAUUGAGGCGGUUCUGUCAAAGUCUAACUACGGCAUGGCGCGGGUGGACUCUGGAGGCUACCAGCCUGAAGGCCUGGAGAACAACCCCGUGGCCGAGGCUAAAACCACCCCCGGCUCUCUGGCCGUCUUCAACAUCAUCCUGCCUCUGCAGACUCGGGACACGGUCUGCGUCGACCUGGUGAUGGGCAAACUGGCUCACUCUGUCGAGCCACUCACCAUCUUCAAUGGUAUGCUGCUGUACGAAGACCAGUGACGGGUUUGUCCCAAUGUCUGAGAAAUGACGAGGCGGUGACAGGAAGUGUAAUGUCACUGAUUCAGAGUGAUGACAGUAUUUGAAAUGAACAGAUUUCUGUCACAAUGUUUUAACUAUGUUAUUGUUCUAUUGACUCUUUGUCUCUUCAUGCGUGGACAACAGCAGGAGUCCAUUAACUGUCUGACAGCUUUAAUCCAAUCAUCUGGUCCGCUGUGGUCACAUGACCCGACCUCAGCGCAGCAGUGUGAGGACACGUCUCUGUAAACCAGGAUCAGCCCUGCUUCCUGCGGCUGCGCGAAACCACUUUUUGGAAGUACGUGACGUCCUGUGGUGGAGAAUUGCAGAACUAGCAGUUUGUAGUGGUGUUAGCGCCCCCCACAGGCCACAGAGGUAAUGACAGCCGCAUCACAAACAAACAACCCCCUGAUUUAUUGAUUCUGCCAGUCUGAACAGCAGCGGAGCUGAGGGUGGUCAUUAAGGUCAUUAAAGGACCACAGUCAGGACAUUUAUUGAUCUGAUUGGUAGAUAUUUAGAUACCUAUCUGUUUAUGAUCUGAUUGAGAUAAGUGUUUGUGGAUCAGUGUAUGAAAGUGUUUGAAAAACAAAGAAAGCUUUUUUACUUUCUAGAAGCAGAAUGUGUGUUUUAUAAGCGAAGGUUCGUGUUGCGAAUGUUUUAUAUUGAGCUGCACCUUUUUUGUUUUAUUUAAGCCAUUAUCACAAAAUGUCACUUUUAUAGACAAAUGUUAACGGACAAGGCUGUAAACACUCAGUAUUUUCUUACUGUCAACAAAUCACAGUGGUGGAGAGGAUAUUCAUUAACUGUAGUAAUACCACACUGUAAAAAAUACUGGGUUACAAAUAAAGUCUUGCAUUCUAAAUGUUAUUUAAGUAAAUGUACAGAAGUUUUAUCAUCCAAAUGUACUUAUAUUUAAUAUAAAAGUACUUAAUGUAGAAAGAUAUAUCAAUGAUAAAAUAAUAUCAUAUGUAUUGUUUUAUUAUUACAAAUCAUAUGUUUUGUUCUUAUCUGUAAUGAACCUGUCAGAUAAAUGUAGUACAGUAGAAGUAUUAAGUAUCAUUGUGUGGAAUUAUUGAAGCAAAGAACAAACAGGAUGUGAGUAAUUGUUCCACCACUGGCAAGACUCAAAGCAACAGUAUGUUAGUCCGUCUCUCAACACAGUCCCUCUUCUGUCUGUCAGCCAUGAGCUCAUCGGUUCCUACUUAUAUUAAUACACACACAAUCCCUGUUGGUUUAUAUUAAUACACACAAUACUUGUUGGUUUGCAUCUAAGCUUGGGAUUUGUUGACAAAAAGAAAAAUAUUCAGUCUGAUCAGACUUACAGUGUAAAACUAAUGCUGAGAAUUAUGGACAGCGAGUUUCAUCUGAAGAUGAGGAUUGCUUUGAUAAUUAUUAAUAGCUGCCUGAAGAAACAUGUGAACAAUGUAUUUUAACUAAAUGUUUUAAUCACCUAAUUACUGCAGCAGAUCAAAAACUCAACCAGCUCCAUUUGACUCUGUUAUCAGUGAAAAGAGAUUUAUGUGUGAUGGUCUCAUAUCAGUAACUCUUCACUGUCUACAGAUAAACUGAUGGACAAAAGGUUCCAGGAAACUUUAGUCUGAGAAAAGUAGAUAUGAUUUUCCAAACUUUAUUCUCUGACAGGCUUUUGCUACAAUUCUCAUGUAAACCUGAUUUAAAUUUCAUACUUUUGUAUUGAAUCAUUUUCACUGCCAUUAAAGAAAACAAGUAAAACCCA